UAGAAGAGUUUUUUAUGUGUGCCAGAGGUUCUUGCGAGAGUCGACGACGAACUAAAGAAAAAACUCUUUUUUCUCAUUGUACGCCUUAUUAAUUUGAUGUGUGUGUAUUCGGAAACGGAUUCUUACCGGCCCGUUGGUUAAAAGCGGUAAUAAAAUUGUUAAAUAGCUCGUCCAGUUCCGGCAGCGAUCCAUCGGAAAUCCACGGGGAAAGCGGCGGAAAAAUUCGCGACUCGCGACGACGACACAGAAAAGUGCGGUCAGCGCGAAGGGGCCGAAGGUGCGGCGCGGUAAAAAAGAUGUCUUCUGCCCUGCUACAGGAAGCCUCCUCAGCAGCCACAGCAACGAGCGCACUGACCACAACACUGGAAUUGCCAAAUGGAUCUCCUGGAAGUCCUCAGCAGCAGCAGCAAAGCUGCAAUGAGAAGGACAUUUCCUAUUGGCAGCGCUCUUUAGAAGUGCUUGCACAGAAAGUGAUUGUUGGCGAUACGGUUGUUGUGAAGAAGGAAAAGAAGAACUCGGUCCCGUCCUCGGCGCUGGUUGAGGAGGAUCAGGUACUGCAACAGCAGCAGCAAACUAGUGGCAAUCAGCAAGACUCUGGGGUUGAGCUGGAUGCUUCCAUUCCGGCUGAUGUUGUUGCCGCUGAAAUGGAAGGCGAUGGCAAUGAAGACGGGGAAGAUGGCGAUGCAAGUGACACUUUGGAAGCAGUGGAAAAACAACAACAAAAACAGCACGACAGUAAUCUCUUCCGGCUGAGCUGCUGCUGUGGUGCUUGUUUCAACUACCGGGAAACCAUCAUUCAGCUGUUUGUGGAGGACUUCGAGUAUAAUACCCUGUGGGAGCGGCUGCAGUUGCUGAUAAAAAAGUUUUACGACUUUAUUCCGGAGCAAAACGAAUCGCUACUGUACAGUCGCUACAUGGAGUUGAUGGAGAAGUCGUCCCUCAAGUGGCUGACCGACGGACGGAUCAACACCAAGAAGAACAUUCAAAUCUCGCUCGGUUCGAACUUGCCACUGUCGAAUGAGAUGACGUUCAUUUUGGUGUUCAGCAUGCUCUACACUCGCGAUCCGCACCAGCUGUUCGAGCUGCUCUGUCUGCAGUUACGGUCGAUCGUGAAAGCCUACAGUCAAGGACUGCAGGAUCUGAUCACCGAAACCAGCGACGGCGAGUUGCAGUAUAAUCCUACGGAGCUGCUCAAUUAUAUCCUCGACGGUUACGACAAGCUGUGCCAUUCGGCCAAGUCGUUGUCUCCGUUGUUGUUCGAGCUGCAACGCGGUCAUUUGCAGCAAUUUUCGCUGACUUGGUGUCUGAUCAACAAGCGAAUGUAUCAGCGGUUUGUGUAUCUCGAAGUGCAACGGAUCAUUCCCGAGUGCAUACUGAAGUUGAAGGAAUUGCUCUUCGAUGAGGAAUAUAAAACGAUGGUCUACCGGUUUAUUCAAUUUGACGAUGAGAUGAACUCCACUUCGCAGAUUUGGCGAGAUGUUUGGUCCUUGUUGCAUGAUUACCACAAGGCUAAGGAGGAUUCGGCACGAAGGAAGCGGGUCAGCUCAGCCCACUCGUUACUGGUGGCAGUGAAGGAGUCGGAUUUCAACUUUGAUCCUGAAGUGCUGCGACAAAGGGAUCGGCCCAUCGUGGAGUGGUUAGCCCUGGAGGAUCGAAAUCUGGUCUGGCAUUAUGUGGUGCAUUGUCUCAAGACGAAGUGGAUCACUUGCACCAAUCCCCGGAUGGCGGCCACGAUCGAAAACAUUCAGUGUCGGAAGUGUAACUUUGCGUUGGCCACUCAUUAUGUUGAAUGCAACUGUUGCACUUGUCUAAUCGCCGGUGGUACCUGUUUGGGCAAGUCUAAGGAGCAACUAUACUGUGCAAAGUGUUCAUUUUUCAAAAAGUUAGAUCGGGAUUAUCUGGACUACAUUGGGGAGUUUUUCAGCAAACCUCUCAGUGACAAACAGGCUCUAGAAAGAAGGCACGUAAAUGGCAUGACGAAUUCUUCCCCUUCCGGAUCGUCCUCAAGUUCUAUUACGGAAAUUGCGUUACCAGACUCGUCCGAAGCGGAGCAGCAGCAGCAACAGCAAGCUGAAUGUGGUUGUUCUUCUCCGGCGAAGGACGAGGACAGUUCAAGUUCCACUGUGGUAGCUACAAGCAAUGCAUUGGUUGAUAAUACUAGUCUCUACCAUAUCUCGUGGGCCAUUUUCAAGCAUCUGCCGGAUCGGGUACCGUACACUUGGACGACACUCGAACCCAAGCGGUUUUGCAUCUUCCAAAGCGAACCGUGUAAAAUCAAUGCAUGUCGGGUUGCGAUCAACAUUAUCGCUAUGCUCUACCCGUUGAAUUUGUCCAAGUUUCUCAUCAAGUCCUAUCAUCCUCUGAAGGAAGAGGAGCGAAGGAAGAUGGCCGAGAAUUGGAACAUUGAUGUGAAGAAUUUCAUGCAGAGGUUCUGCGAUGACAUCAAUAAACGCUGGCGAACGGAAGUAGCCGACCGGAUUCAUCCGUUGCAUUUUCUCGACUUGCUGUGGGAAUCGGACGAUUCCGAGUCGGCUCUGCUGAGUGAUAUGGCGUCCGCCUUCGCCGAGUGGUUUCUUAUAGAUUUCCAAUUUCCGCAGCGCAAUGUCAUCUAUCAGUAUUUCACCAAGUUCUUCUUGGCGAAGGGUACCGACAUUGAGUUCGACAUGAAAUGUUUCGAAAGCGUUUCCGGCUCGCGGUUAUUCAACUGGAGCACACCGGCUUCCCCAUUGAGGCAGCUAAUAGCCAACGAUAUGCAGAGCAAGCUGCUCGGUGUAAACUGGAGCUCCAUUCUGCCGGAGGAAGCGUUGGCUGCUAUCAACGGUGACGAUCUACCAAUUACGGCCAAGCUGGAGGGAAUUACAUCCGGUGGGGUUCUAGUUGCUACAGCUACCAGCCCGGCAACGGGUCCCAGUUCGGCAACGAUGGCGGCCGCAGUCAUUGAACCGAUCGUGAAACUCUGCAGCGACGAUGGUGCCAUCUGCAAGGACUGCAAGGAAUGCUUCACCGACACCGUAACGAAAUCGGAGAUUUUCGAAAAGGAAAUCAAGAAACCAUUGGUCGAGGCGUUAAAACUUGCGGCGAGUAACAAAAUACUCGAAACGGAGCUAAAGACCCUUCAAAAAGAGCACAGUAUGCUGAAGGACAUGGUUCGAGAUUUGGAGCAAAUACACGAGCAAAAGCACAGCAAUGCAACCCAGCAGUGCGGCAACGGAAACAGUAGUAGCAGUAGUACUAAUAGCAACGGUAAUAGCAACAACACCAACAAUAGCAGCAGCAGCAGCAGCAACACUAACAGCAACAACAGCAAAUCGGCAAACGUAGCUAAGAACAGCAACAGCAGCAGCAGCAGCAGCAGCAGUGGCACUCCUACCACCCAAACCGAAAAUGGAAACAGUACCGCUUCCAAAGGCACAGUUUCUUCCAGCAGCGGAAGUAUACCGUCUUUAGCUUUGGUGGGGUCUGCUAGUCACGCUCCGCCCAGCAAAUCUGGUGCCUCCGCUAGCCCUGCCAAGGCAAUGUUAAAUCAAGCAACCAAUACUCCCUCCAAGGUCGCUCCCAAAGGAACAGCCCCGGCAGGUGUAACCUCGCAACAACCGACGGGUAAAGUGGUAACGAAAACUAUCAAUACAGCGCCGAAGGUUGGUGCGGUGGUAACAGCUGGAUCCAGCGCUGCUUCCGGACCCACGGCAACCGCACCUGGUAAGGUAAGUUCAAAGUCUACCAGUACGCAUCCCUCGCCUGCUGUUGGCACUGGCGGAGUGUCUCCUCCGGCACCGACAUCGGCGGUAGCUGCAACGGCAACCGCAACAGCACCGGCAACGGCGAUAGCAACUCCUUCCACGAGCACCAGCACCGCCGCAACUAGUGCAAACAUUGUCCAGUCCAAGGAGGAGCACAAGAAAUCCUGCCACCGAGGGGCCAAUGGUGGCGAGAAAGGGGACGGUUCAUGCGUGUGCUACUAUUGCACACUGUUCGGUCAGAGUGUUUGUUUGGAAUGCAACCACAACCAGCGAACGAACGAAACGCGCGAUCGAUUGCGAAAGAAAAUCAAGCAACUCCAGAGCAACAAAGAUAACCAGCUGAAGUCGUUGAAUCUGAAAAACAUCAAGAUUCCACCCAGCGCGAUGCUGAAGAAAAUCAACACCAACAAAAGCAACUCAACGAACGCGGUAACUACCAACACCGCUACCACAAACAACAACAACAACAAUAACAACAACAACAACAACAGCAGCAGCAGCAGUAGCAGUAGCACCAGUAGUACCACUAGUAACAACACCAACGGAAACCAGGUGACGACAGCGGUAAGCAAAGAACCGUCGUCGGGAAUCACAUCGAAAAUGGAAGCCUUGAAGAUUAGCAAUAACAAGAUACCGGUGGCAACAGCUGCUGGGCUUGUUACGGCCGCCAAGGCUCCCGUAGUUACGAAGGCUCCCGUGAACAAAAUGAACAUUGCGGCAAGAGCACCGGAGAUGGCUAUUAGUGCUCGGGAGGUACCUCCGGUUCAACCUCACGCGGUGCAGCCGACUUUGAGGCCAAGCACAAAUAAUGCAGCAUCCUUCCUAAAUGUAGCUCCGAAACCCGUGGAGGAAACCCUGGAUGCGUUGGUGCGGUACAUCGAAGGCGACUACGAUGACGAAAAGCAGAAGGACAACAAAAAGACAGCAAAGAAGGUGAAACAGAAGCACAAAAAGCAAGAGCUCAAGAAGAUUACCGAGCUUGGAGAGCUCAGUCAGAAGUUUUCCGAGUUUCAUCUGGAGGAGCAGAAAGCACAGAAACGGCUACAGUUUCAGCAGAAUCUUAAGAAGAAGGACAAAAACCAGCUUCUAGAUGACAUCAAAGCCUACGAAGUCAAGAAGUUCCAGUUACAAACGGACAUCAACAGCCUGGUGACCAGUAUCCGGAGUAACAAUCCGGAAUUCAGCUUUAAAAUGGAUGAAGGGUCUCCACAAAGUGAAAGGAAGAAUGGUAAGGAAAAGUCAGAAACCGGAAAGAAGUCUUCUCCCCCAGUUCCGGCGGUGCCACUGGAGACAACUCAGCAACUUCCUCCCAAGCUACAGCAGAAUAUCAAUCUACUACAGCAACAGAAGCAACGACAACAGCAGCAGCUUCUUCAGCAACACCAACAGCAGCAUCAGCAGCAAUCUACGAUGAUGAUGCCACAGGAUAAUGUCAGCAUAGAUCCUGCCCGACGUAUGGUCACCAUCAAGCGAACCUUCCUGCCACAUUCGGAACCGCAGGUAACCGUUACGGCGAAGGGACCUUCCCCGGAUCAGGAUCAACUGCUGUACACAUUUAUUAAUGGUCAGCUUGUUUCACCGGACUCGUCUUCGGGUAAGGGCCAGGCUCCCACCAAGCAACAAAUUCAAAACCAUUUGGAUCAGCUAACCAUGAAGAUGGCAGCUGGUGAUAUUAAACAGCUCAACGAUCUGAUCGCGAAAAGUCAAUUCUCAAGCGAUACGGAUGUUUGGAUCACGGAGAAGCUGCUGAAGCUUAGUCUCCGGGAUCAGUCGCAAAAUCAACAGGCGCAGUCGAUACGAGAAAUUGACGAGCUGAUGCAAAAAAUACAGCACCAGACUACCGGUGGGGCAACGUUGGACAAGAAGAAGAAGGAUGACAUUGUCACGCUAAUCGGUAGGAUGUCCGAUCGGUUAGGUCAGAUCAGAAACAAGGGGAAGAAUUCCAUGAGCGAAGCCCAGGCUAAGGCUGCUGCGCAGAUGCUUCAGAAAAUGACUAAAAAGCUAGAACAAGACUACGCUGCGAUGAGUGGUGACGAGGGGAAAAAGAAGAAAAAGAAAAAGAAGAAAGAUAAGUUGGCGGAUGAGAUCGAUGAAAUUGAUGAAAUCGUUGCCAAGUUGGACGGGUUGGAUGUCGGCGGGGGGGCGUCGAAGAAGGGCGACUUGAGAAAGACGCCAGAGAAGGCCCUGGGAAAGAUCCUGAAUAGGAAGCUCAGCAAGGACUCGAUAAGCUCCAGCGGAAGUACGCAGAAGCCGAAGGAAGAGAAGGAUCAAAAGAGCAAGGACAAGAGCAAAGUUGAUGACAGUAAGGAGCGAGACAAGAAAGCUUCUGCUAAAGAGAAGCACACGAAAAGGAAACUGGUGCGAAAGAAGAGUGAGGUUUACAUCGAUCCGGAGUUCGAUAACAACGCAUUCAAGUUGUUAAACCUGGAGGACACCGAAUCCGAUGAAGAAGUCGAAGUUGAAGUGGGUGUAGUUGAGGUGAUUCAGAAAGAAGUUUCUGUGCCUGUGCGAACGCCUUCACCAGUUCCGGUGCCUGAACUACCGAAGGUUGAAGAGCCACCAAGACCACCGACUCCACCCAGUCCGGUCCCGGUGCCAUCAACUACAACGGGCAACAAGAAAGCUAACAAAAAGAAAAACGAAAAAGUAAAAGAACAUGCAAUUGCUCCGGCGUUAGCUCCGGCCAAGGAUGUCAAACAGGUUAAAAAUAAAGAGAACCUAGCACCUCAGCCGACACCGCCAGUUCAGAAAUCUUCUAAAAACGCUCAUAACACUGCCAACUCACAACAACCAAACGUCAACAAGAAGCCCGCUGCUAGCGUUGCUCAAGUGUCCGAAAAACCAAUGCUCGAUAAUCCCAACCUUUCCAAGCGCCAGAAGAAGCUUCUCAUGAAGCAGCAAGAACAAGCCAAACCAACACAAUCUCAGCCCCAGCAAAAGAAACAGCAUCAACCGGCAGCCGCCAAUCGGCAUAUCGAUAAAGCGAUGAAAAAUGCCGAUAGGCUCUCGAAGGCGGCAAUGAACGAUCGCCGAUCGAAGGUCAACAUCAGUGCCGAUACGACGCUGGAACUGAUACAUGAUUCCAACAUGUCGUCCUCAUCGUCGUCGGUACCUUCCAAAACUGGUACCAGUGCCACUCUGCCGAAAAUUCCAAACACCUUCCCACCGGGCGACACCUCCUUUGGGGCAAGCAUCAUGGAUCAGUUGAGCCGUGGAAUCCGAGUGGAAGGGCUUCAACUGCCACCUGGUAUCACGCUCACGCGGGUAGAUGCCGCCCAAGCGGAAGCCAUCAAGGCUAAACGGGAGUCGAUAAAGAAGAUUUGUGAACCGAUGCAGCCGGUUCAGCCACCAGAACCGCCUGUGGUGCCUCCGCCAGUUAUGAUGGGUUCAUCCGGAAUGUACAUGAUGAACCCAAUGAUGGCUCCUCCGGUAAUGAUGAACUCCGCUCCGGGUCAGGAUGCCGUUAUCAUGGUCGAUACCAACAAGCUUAAAGGAUCUUCUGGGGACGGCGAAAAGAAACCCAACAAGAAGAACAAACGCAAGAAUAAGAACAAAAAUAAGAAUGAUCCCUCGAAGGACGGUGGUCAGUCCAAAUCCGACGGUAAACAGAAAAACCAUAAGGGAAACAACAACGUUGUCACCCUUCGGAAUCCAAUGUUCCAAGGUGGCUCCGCGAGGCCUACUCCUGCAGCCGCGGCCGAACCGGCUGGUACUCGACAUCCCCUGGGCUACGAUCAACGGGCAACGAUUUUCAAGAAUGACAACGGUAUGUUCACUAUUCGCAAUCCGGCACUGCAUCAGGCCCUGGCCGGUGGAGUGCAACCGUCGACCAGUGGAUUCCGGCCGUUCAACACCAACUAUCUGGUGGAGAACGGAAUAGUUCCACCGCAGGUCUCGGCGGCCACCAGUAACGUCACCACGGCUAACUAUCUGCAGCAACAGCAGUCGGCCAAGGAGAUGAGCCUGCUGGCGGAUGGACCGUCUCAUGUCAGUCCGCCAUUCUCGGCCACGAUUGAACCUCCACGGAAGUGCAACACGGCCAUUGGCAGUGAGAUGAAAAAUGCCCAAAAACAAAAGCAGCAGCAGCAGCAACAACAACAACAACAACAGCAGCAGCAGCAGCAGCACCAACAUCAUCACCACCACCACCAUCACCAGAGUUCGUGGCAACAAUUGAACGGAGUAGGUUCACCAGCGGAUGGCGGCAUUAACCUGUACAAUCCACUGUCAGCUGUUACCGGAACCGGUCAACCUCAACGAUGUUACUCACCGUUUGAAAGCCUACAGUACGGACUGAGUGGUAGCCAAGAAUAUGGUGGUAGCACUCCGAAUCCUUCGACCAGUUAUUUCCCAAUGAGUUCGCCAUCAUCGACCGUGAGUGCAAUCGGCUCCGAAAGGUCACAGGCACGGGCGCAAGCGGCCGCAGCCAUGUCGGUGGGCAAUGAGCACAGCUGCAGGAGAUUAUUCGGAGGAAAUAGUUCCUCCGUUAGUGUUGGAUCCUGCAGCGGUGGACACUGUUGUGAUGAGUCGCCAGGUGGUGGUCCCUUCUACGAUGGAUUGGGUGCGGGUUCUUCUUCCACGAAUCAUAAAUAUGAUGAUUUGUCUUUCCUGCAGAACCUGCAGCCCGGUCAGCGUUUGAAUAGUGAGGUUACCAUUCACAACAUCAACGAGUCAAAGUUCUUGCGCCAGCAGAGCCAAAAUCUGUCCAAUGAUAUUGAAAUUACACGAAUACCGGCAGCGGGAAGUAGUUCCAUGACAUCUUCCGGCUUUAGCCACCCAACCCAAGCGACCCACCCACUGCUAAUGUCUCCGGUAGGGUCUACCAUCAGUAGUGAGGCGGCAACCGGUGUGACGUCUAAUGCUACCAGCAGUGGUACCGCCGGGGACUCUGCAAAUUUGCUUGCCCUGAACGAUAUCGAGACGAGUUUGUUCCUACAAAAGUACCAACAACAGCAGAUGCAGUUGCAGCAGCAGCUGCAGCAACAGAUGCAACAACUUCAGCUGCAGCCCAUCAGUCGGCAGCAGCAGCAACAGUUACUCGGAGAAUAUGGAGAAAAUAUAUUUGCGCCAAACCAGAUGGUCAACCUCAACGAGCUGGAAUCGGAGGAGCGUGACAUUGAAUCGUUCAAGCGCUUCAACUACUAUUUCGAUCCACCGAAAAACAAGCCCAAAAUUAAUCUGAACGUAAAGGACAUUGUGGUGACGAAUAAGAAAUCUCCGGGUGCUUCUGCGUCGGUUACUGGCGGCAACCACGUUGGUGGUUCUAAUGGCAGCGGUGGAAGCAGCAGUAGUAGCAGUAUCAGCAACGAUAACAAUCCCGGUGGCGUUAGUAUCGGUGAAGAUAUCCAACCAAUUCGGCCUCAAGCCCCGAUUGGCACACCCUCGCAGAAGGGUCUUCAUCAACAGCAAAGCACUCCGGCUUCGUCGGUUGGGACGGGUGUAUCUACAAUGCUCUACCCAGCUACAUCGGACAGUCCGGCUUCGUCGGCAUCGAUCUUUGACGGAAUCUCUUCAUCGAUGAGUAGCCACGCCCACUCGUGUGAUGACCUGUACAACGAUUUGCUCAGUUCGACGGGUAAUCUUAGUUUGAAUUUAAAUCUGAAUUUGACCCAACUGCAACAGUCCAACUCGGAUCCGAUCGCAUACGACAGUGGUGCGUUCGGAGUGGGUACGGCCGGUAGAGCACCCAGCUUGGGCAGUGUUGUAAGUUCCUCAAACGGAACAGGAGCUGGGAAGCCUUCGGCGGCUGAACUUGCCCAAAGUAUUAUCAGCAAUUGAAUCGACAUCGUGUAGUAGUGUAAUGUGUGAUUGGUGGAAUAUUCUCGCGAUCGUUCCUAGAAAUCCAAACUGAACAAUAGACAUUGUAUUGCCAGUUGCAAUUUGCCUUCAAACAGAAGUGCCAUAGAAACCAUAAAACCAUUUUGCCAACACUCAGUUAAUUAGGGAAGCACCGAGGAAAUUAACGGAUUUGUAGGGCGCUAGAAAGGGAACCUCUGCCAGCUCAAAACUACACGAAAAUGCAAAUUUGACUGCCACUUGGUGGAAUUCCCACCUGCCCGGUGCCAGGGAAAUAUCAUGUCAGAUGAGUUGGCGAAACCUAUCUUCUAGUAUAUUCUGAUCGUAAAUGCCGACUAUCUGAUAGGGUAUUUUUGCUGGUAGCCCCGUAAAAUUGUGAAGGCUUUUUUGUCUUCAAAUGAAAAUACAAACUUUAACACCUCUUCGAGAGGUUACUCGUCCGUAAUGAUGCUUUCACCCACGUGUUACUUGUUCAAUACUCUCCCAUACCGUAUCACAUUCUGCUGAUCAUGUUAGAUCGAAAAUGUUGCAUGCCUAUGCAUAGAUGAAUCCGAUUGUAAGAAUAAUGUGUCCUAUGACUCAUUUUAUUUUAAUUUUUGAACGAUUGGUUUAGUAGAUACCUACAUAUGCAUCAACAACUACCACUGCUAUCACAACAGAAAAUAGUUACACCGAAAGGGUGAAGUGCGUUUCAUCCAAAGCUGCGUCUUUAAGUUGUCCAAACGUACUAAAGUUGAUGACGAAUCAUAUACAUAACUCGCCGCGUGUUGCAGAAUAUCCACAACACCAAUACGUUUUGCUGUUCUGAAAUCGAAGAAGUGUAAAAACUACCUUGCAGAAAACAGAUCAAACAAAUUUGAAGCGAAAAAUGCUUUCAGACCUAAGAAACAUUGAGAACAAUGUUGCUCCAAGUGUUGCUCUAACUAAAUAUUGUAAAUACCUUCAUUCACAACCGAGGGAAAACAACAAUGAAAAUGAAA